UGAUGUUGCCACCGGGCUGCCCGGUUAGGGAACGGGUUCUGCUAGGGUCUGCCCUCGGGUGGACGACUCACUGGAGCCGGAGGCUGUACUCUGGAGGAGUUUGUUUCCUAACUCUGCUUCUCUCGUCUCAAGUAGGCUCCGCCUUCCAGGAAGCUCCUGUUUCCUGGGACCCUGGGUCAUAUUUGAGGGGUGCAUAAUGUAUGCUGAAGAGGAUUUAGAAGAGUAUUUUUCUGGAGCUACCCUUUUAUCCCGCCUUUCUCAGCCAGCUACUGCCCUCCACACUGGUUCCACUUCCCUAAGUGACAGUAGGAGUGGAAACUGCACAGACGCUUGGACCCUUGAGGAACUCAGUAUUUCUGCAUGCCGUCCUAGCUACUCUAGAGUUCUAUAAGGUGCCUUGGAAUUUGUGUCGCUGAGUCAGCAAGACCUUCAGAUUUGCCCGGUUUUUGUUGUUUGCAUUUUAUAUCGAGAUGGGAACUCAAACAAGUCAUUUCUCCUAAGGAUCUGGUGUCUCCAUCGAGAAGGGACAGUUUGUGCCAGCUCUCCAGAGAGAAAAGGUCUGCUGGAAGCACUGGGCGAUGAACCCGAGACUCCAGCCCAGAGUGGUCUGAAGCUGUUUGGGAAAGCAGAGGAGUGCUGGGGAAGAUGGCCAUGGCCCCAAGCCCUUCCCUGGCUCAGGUGUACGCCAGCCCUGUGGCAGUGGCCGUGUGGGAAUGGCAGGACGGGCUGGGCACCUGGCACCCCUACAGUGCCGCUGUCUGCAGCUACAUCGAGCAGCAGUUUGUCCAGCAGAAGGGCCAGCGCUUUGGGCUGGGGAGCCUGGCCCACAGCAUCCCCUUAGGCCAGGCUGACCCCUUGCUGGCCCCUUACAUCAUCGACCUCCCCAGCUGGACCCAGUUCCGCCAGGACACGGGCACCAUGCGGUCUGUGCGGAGACACCUGUUCCCCCAGCAUUCAGCCCUGGGUCAGGGCAUCAUCUGGGAGUGGCUGAGUGAUGACGGCUCCUGGACAGCAUAUGAAGCCAGCGUCUGUGACUAUCUGGAGCAGCAGGUGGCCAGGGGCAACCAGCUCGUGGACUUGGCCCCCUUGGGGUACAACUAUACUGUCAACUACAGCACCCACACACAGACCAACAAGACUUCGAGCUUCUGCCGUAGCGUGCGGCGCCAAGCAGGGCCCCCUUACCCGGUGACCACCAUCAUUGCUCCGCCGGGCCACACGGGAGUCGCCUGCUCUUGCCAUCAGUGCCUCAGCGGUGGCGGAACUGGCCCCGUGUCAGGCCGCUACCGCCACUCCAUGACCCACCUGCCCGCGUACCCUAUCCCCCAGCACUCCCACAGGACCGCCGUUGUCUUUGGGGCGCACCAGGCCUUCGCCCCGUACAGCAAGCCCUCACUCUCUGGGGCUCGGUCUGCACCCAGGCUGAACAGCACCAAUCCCUGGGGUGGGGCGCCACCCUCCCUGGGGAAUCAGCCCCUCUACCGCUCCAGCCUCUCCCACCUGGGACCACGGCGCCAGCCCCCAGCACCCUCCACUGCUAGUGGAGCCAGUGCCUCCCUCCCCAGCGGUCCUGCAAGCAGCCCUGGGAGCAUCCCCACCACUGUGCCCAUGCAGAUGCCGAAGCCCAGCAGGGUCCAGCAAGCCCUCGCAGGCAUGACGAGUAUUCUGAUGUCAGCCAUUGGACUCCCUGUGCGUCUUAGCCGCGCACCCCAGCCCGCCAGCCCUCCCGCCUCCUGUCUGGCCUCUAAAAGUCACAGCUCAGUUAAGAGAUUGAGGAAAAUGUCCAUGAAAGGAGGGACUACAAAGCCAGAGCCAGAGCAGGUGAUAAGAAACUACACUGAAGAGCUGAAAACAGCCCCAGAUGAGGACUGCAUCAUCUGUAUGGAGAAGCUCUCCGUGGUGUCUGGGUACAGCGAUGUGACUGACGGCAAGACCAUUGGGCCCGUGGCUGUGGGCCGCCUCGCCAAGUGCAGCCAUGCCUUCCACCUGCUCUGCCUGCUGGCCAUGUACUGCAACGGGAACAAGGAUGGAAGUUUGCAGUGUCCUUCCUGCAAAACCAUCUACGGAGAGAAAACUGGGACCCAGCCCCGCGGGAAGAUGGAGGUGUUCAAGUUCCAGGUGUCCCUCCCUGGCCAUGAGGACUGCGGGACAAUACUCAUCGUUUACAACAUUCCUCAUGGCAUUCAGGGCCCUGAACACCCCAACCCCGGAAAGCCAUUCACCGCCAGAGGGUUUCCCCGCCAGUGUUACCUUCCGGACAACGCCCAGGGCCGCAAGGUCCUGGAGCUGCUGAAGGUGGCCUGGAAGAGGCGACUUAUCUUCACAGUAGGGACAUCCAGCACCACGGGCGAGACUGACACAGUGGUGUGGAACGAGAUCCACCACAAGACAGAGAUGGACCGCAACGUCACAGGCCACGGCUACCCCGACCCCAACUACCUGCAGAAUGUGCUGGCUGAGCUGGCCGCCCAGGGGGUGACCGAGGACUGUCUGGAGCAUCAGUGACCUGCUAGCCUGGCUGGCCCCAUCCCAGACCCACCACGCCUGCCUCUGGCAGCCAGCUGCCCCGUCCCCACUGCUGGCUGGGCUGCUCCUGGGAUGGGCAGGUGGGAAGGCGCCUUUUCUCAGGCUUAAACGUUGCUGGGGGCACAGGCGUGCUCCCCCAGAAGCCAGGGCUUCUCCUGCCUGCCUUUCCCCCUUGCUCCUCCCCUCCAGGCCCAGGUCUGCGUGGGAAUUGGGCAAGCCUGGGGAGUUGCACUCAUGGGGGCUUAAGAUGCAGCUACCUCAGUGCACAGAGCCCUCUGUCCUCGGCGGGCUGCUUCAGGCCCGCAGUGCCGGGGGCCUGGCGUGCGGUGAGGAGAGAUGGACCUAUUCCCAGCCAGGGGCAGGUGUGGGUUCUGGGUCAGCUUCUCAUACCUCACAUGUUCUGUUUGCAAUAAAUGCCGUAUAGCCAAAGUCAGCAGGCCCUAGUGUUCGUCAGUGGAGAGGCUGCGUGUGUGGCUGUGUGCACGCAUGUGCUUGCGUGUUCUGACAUGUGAAGGCCAGCACACACGUCCUGCUGCAUCAGAGCAGGCAGGGACCUCAUGGGCUGCCCAUUCAACCCCAUUUUCUAAAUGAAGACACUGAGGCUGCGGCGAGGGCCAGAGAGCCCGUGGCCUGACCUGUGUUGCUUCCCCCGGCCCCUACUCCACUUCUCCUUGCAGUGUUUGGUCCAGCAGCUCAGAGCCCCUAUCCCGUUUGCUUCCCCAGGCUUCUGGUUGACACGCUGCUCACGUGCAGUGGUUGCUGCUGUCUGCACUCUACAGAUCAGGGCACUGAGGUUGAAGGGUGCAGCCACGGGCCCAAGCUUCCCAGCUAGUGAUCGAGCCAGGGCUGGUCUGACGCCAUCCUGAAAGUUCUAGUUCUCGGCCCUCCUAGAAGGAGGGUCAGAUCCUCCCAGACUUCUUGUCUGCCAGGGGAGCGUGGUGGUGGCCUGGGGCUGGAGGGACACACGGGGCUCCAUUAGGAGUAGCCCCCUGUCUCUGCAAGAGAAAAAUUAAAUGCUAUUUACAAUGUGUUGGUAUAAAGAUGAAUACAUUAUAUAUUAGAGCAUA